AUGAUCGAAAUAUCUGCUGCCGCACAAAGCUACCUGCAAGAACUGUUAAGCAAACAGGAAGAUGGUGAUGUAGCCAUCCGCGUGUUUGUGGCUCAACCGGGCACCGCUCAGGCUGAAACCUGUAUUGCCUAUUGCCGUCCUGGCGAAGAGCAGGAAGGAGAUGUAGCGGUGCAAUAUGAGGGUUUUCGCGCCUGGUUUGAAGGACGCAGCGAGCCUUACCUGGUUGAUGCUGUAGUCGACUAUUCUGAGGAUCAGAUGGGUGGUCAGCUAACCAUCAAAGCACCGAACGCCCGAGUGCCCAGUGUUGGGCCAGAUUCACCUUUAGAAGAUCGCGUUAACUACGUGUUAUACAACGAAAUUAAUCCUGGUCUGGCCGCGCAUGGCGGCGUUGUCUCACUGGUAGAAAUCACCCCGGAUAAAGCAGCCGUUCUACAGUUUGGUGGCGGUUGUCAAGGCUGCUCAGCAGUCGACAUCACCCUCAAGCACAGCGUCGAAACGACGUUGCUGGAGCGCGUCCCUGAGCUGAGUAGCAUCCUCGAUCAAACCGAUCACAGCGUCACCGAGAACGCCUACUACAGCUAA